AUAAGACAAGUUAUUAUCAAAUUGUAUCAUGGUAUCGGAGCUAAGGCUCUCAAAAACCUAGCCUCUCUUUUUUUCCGACCGCCGCCCACCAUGGCAGCCCCAUUGGAUCCUUUGGUGUCCUUACGCUCCGGAGUAAAACUGUUGCUUCGGAGUCUCCACAACUUAAUCCCAGAAAAACUCACCGAAACAAAUUAUCCGGCAUGGUCUCUCAAUGUCCAGACAACUCUUUCAGCUAAUCUCCUCCUUGGAUGGAUUCAUGGUCAUGAAGCAGCCCCGGCGCCAACUAUCUCCAAAAACGAUAAAACCGUCCCUAAUCCAGAGUAUACCUCCUGGACCAUCGUUGGCACACAGAUCCGCGCCUGCCUCCUAGCGGUCAUCAGCCCCUCCGUUCACAAACAUGCUCGCGGCUUCACCACAUCUGCUGCCCUCUGGGAUGCUUUGGCCGCACGGUACAACUCCGUGUCCCCCGCUCAUGUUUAUCAGCUUCGGGACAAACUCUACACUCUUCGUAAAGGUACCAAAACUAUGACACAAUACCUUGAUGAUGUGGCAACUAUUCUCUCAGAUCUCGAUGCCUUGUAAGAAGAGAUCCCUGAACGUGAUGUGGUGAAUGCUGUUAUUCGUGGUCUUCCCACCGAAUACUCAUCCUUUAAGCAAAACAUUCGCAUGAACAAUACCAAUAUUUCGUUAAAUCAGCUUUCUGGAUGGCUGAUCUCCGAAGAAAUAAACCUGGAGAUGGAGAAUAAACUCAGCCUCACCGAGUCUACCAUCACCGAACCUCGCACAGCACUUCUCGCUA